AUGCCACAUUCCAGUGCCCAUCAGUGCCACAUCAAUGCCACAUAUCAGUGCCCAUCUGAGCUGCCUUUCAGUGUCACCCAUCAGUGCCAGUCAGUGCCACCUAUCAAUGCCAGUCAGUGCCACUUAUCAGUGCCAUGAGUGCCACCUAUCAGUGUACUCAGUGCAGCCUAUCAGUGCCUGUCAGUGCUGCCUAUCAGUGCCACCUAACAGUGCCAGUCAGUGCCACCUAUCAGUGCCAGUCAGUGCUGCCUAUUAGUGCCACAUAUGAGUGCUGCCUUUCAGUGCCCAUCAGUGAUGCAUGUCAAUGCCCAUUAGUGCCACCUACCAGUGCCUCCUCAUCAGUGCCCAUCAGUGCCACCUAUCAGUGUCCAUUAGUGCAGCCUAUCAGUGCCCAUCAGUGCAGCCUCAUUAGCGCACAUCAGUGA